CCGUUGCCGUGGUAACCGCCCCUUACCGGAAGUGACGCGGCGGAAGCGGAAGCGGCGCCAUGAAGCUGCUGACCCACAACCUGCUGAGCUCCCACGUGCCGGGGCUGCGGCCCGGGGGCGGAUUCCCGCUGCGCAUCGAGGCCGCCGAGGUUCGGGUGCGCCCGGUGCCGUUCAACGCCGCCUUCGUGUCCCGGUUGGUGCCGCGGCUGCGCUGGGACGCGCUCAGGGAGGCGGCCGAGAGCUUGGGGCACCCCUCGGAGCUGCCCCCCGAGCCCAGCCCCGGCUACGAGGCCGACGAGGAAUUCCUGCGCCGCCUCCACCAUGUCCUGCUCGAGGUGGAGGUGCUGGAGGGGUCCCUGCAGUGCCCGGACUCGGGGCGCCGCUUCCCCAUCUCCAGGGGGGUCCCAAAUCUGCUCCUGAGCGAGGACGAGGCCUGAGGGGGGGUCGGGACCCCCUCCCCAAAAUCCAAAAUCCCCCCAAAAUGCUGCUGAGCCCCUCCCCCCCCAGGAAGGAUCGGCGGCAGGGAGAGAAAAACCCCAAAAUCCCGCGGUUUUACCCCAAAAACGGGCCCCGAAUUUCAGCCGGGGCUCAAGCGCUGGGGGGCGUGGCCUGAGCUGUCUCAUUUGCAUAUGGGCGGGGCCAUCAUAACGCCCCUCCCCUAUGCAAAUUAGCCAUGUCCUUAUUUGCAUUUUGGGCGGGAAUUGCUUCGUUUGCAUGAUGGGCGGGAAAUUUCUCUUUUUUUGGUCAAAAAUUCCCUUUUUUUACCUCCAAAUUCCCUUUUUUUGUCCACAAAUUCCCUUUUUUU